AUGGCACCAAAAGCAGCCGAGAAGAAGCCUAGUACUGGUGGAAAGGCGCCAGCCGGCGGUAAAGCACCUGCUGAAAAGAAGGAGGCCGGCAAGAAGACUGCUGCUUCCGGUGAGAAGAAGAAGCGUACCAAGGCUAGAAAGGAAACCUAUUCUUCUUAUAUCUACAAAGUGCUUAAGCAAGUCCACCCUGAUACCGGAAUAUCUAACCGUGCGAUGUCAAUCUUAAACUCUUUCGUCAAUGAUAUCUUUGAACGUGUUGCUACCGAGGCGUCGAAGCUUGCUGCCUACAAUAAGAAAUCAACAAUCUCUUCCCGAGAAAUCCAAACCUCGGUCCGCCUCAUUCUGCCUGGUGAACUUGCGAAACAUGCUGUUUCCGAAGGCACCAAAGCUGUAACGAAAUAUUCUUCUUCUGCGAAAUAA